AUGAUUCUGAGCGAGGAAGGUAGGAGAAGCAUCAUGGCGCUAGCAGCGGCGGACGGGCUCCGGGGAACGGCGAAAGGGGAGAUCGGCGCGCAGCGGUUGGGCGGAGGGUUGGGCGGAACGAACGGCGCGGGGGGAGGGGUUCUGCGGCGGCCGUGGCAGUCGCGAUUCGUGCAGGACGUGCGGAUCGACGUGGGCGGGGAGGCGCUGUGUGCUGACAUCGUGCCGGAUGAGUUCAGAGAAUCCACAGAGCGAAUGCCGCCAGUCACCUCCCUGCUCGACCUGCUCCGCCCCAACGAGCGUUUCCUCGCCUUCCUCCCGCGCCACGGCCUCGGGAACUCCCUGCGCGGGUUCGUCUCCGCGUUCGUAUACGCCAGCCUGGCGGGGCGGCGGCUGGUGCGGCUGCACGCGGGGGAGCACGCGCGGGUGUACGACCUUCUGUGCCAGGCGUAUGGGUGUAGUUUCGAUGCUGUGGGGCAGCCCGGAGGGGUGGAUCGCGGUGGGGAGGAGGACGGGAGCGGUGGAGAUGGUGGGGGUGGGGAGGGCGAGUAUGGGGAAGUGGGAGGUGGAGGGGAGAGGAUGAGCGUGGGAGGAGGAUCAGGGUAUGGAGGGGACGGGAGAGGUAAAGGGGCAAGAGAGGGAGCAGGAGUCCGGGAGGCGAAGGGAGCGCGGAGAGGGUUGAUGGGGGAUGUGGGGGCGGAAGGGGCUGUGGAGGUAGUGAGGAGUGCGAGUGAGGGGCGCAGUGGGACGGGCGUUGAAUUGCUGCGCAAGUUUGCCAUGCUGCGACCCAUCUACUUUUUGGAGCGAUACCAGAACGUUCAAACCAUAGCAGCUUCGUUGCAAUCAGACUAUCCAGUACUCGCCACGCGCAGUGGCACGCUCUUUGACCUCUUCUGGCACCGCAACGACCGCCUGCGCUCCUGCGUCUUUGCUGCCUUCCACUGCUCGUCCGUGUGGUGUGUUCACUCCCGGGCCAUGUUCGCGUUCCUCUCUCGCACCGGCCCCACUCCAGCCCUUGCCUCCACCAUCUCCUCUGUUCUUCGCCGUGGCAUUCUCAGCACACUCCGUUCCAUGCGAGACGACCUCCCCAGCGCCAGCACCACAGAACCCUCUAAUAACAGAGACGGAUCAAGCAGCAGCAGCAGCCUCGCUGGCGGCAGGGAGUUUUCCAUCUUCCUGGCAACAGACGAUGAGGAGCACCGAGCUGAGUUUGUGGCACGCCUGGCUGAGUACGGCACAGUCUUCUUCUCCUCUGGAGGUAUCUUCCACACCUCCAAGGCUGGUGGCAGCGCAGGCAGUGCGGGCAGUGCGGGCAGUGCGGGAAGUUCGGACGCAGAGGGCCUCAAGACCAGUAACUGGGGGACACGGCCGAAGGGCAUUAGUAAUACUAGUAGCAGCAGCAGGGCUGGUGUGGAUGGCACUGCUGAAAGUGUUGCACAGCGGCUCCCCACCAUGGCUGAGUUUUUCCUGCUUUCAAAAGCUCGCACCAUUAUUGAAGCUGGCAGUUACAUCAGCACGUUUGCAUACUUCGCCGGGUUGCUAGGCAAUGGGACUUUAUCGAGUGUAGAUAUGAAGAACGGGCAGUGCAGACUGCACCAUGAACAUGUGGCUCAAGGCAUGUUUGGCUAA